UGUCUCUGUGUGUGUAUGAUGUGGAGCAUUCACACUGUCUUAUAUGUGUGUGAAUGUGUGCGUGUGCAUUACUAUUUGACCAGAUGCUGCAGUGCAUUGGCCAGUCACUGUCUCUGCAUGUGUGUAUGUGUAAGUGUGUGUGCGCGCGCGCCUCUGUCAUUUCAUGUCAAAGGUCCAUUACCUGAUUACCUUUCUCGUCUGCCAGAUUUUUAUCUAGAUAAUUGGAACUGCUAUGAAGGCUGUGCUCUGCCAGGCAGCUUAGAUUCUCGAAAACCAUAGUUUGUCCACCUUGUUAUCUGUGGUUGUCUGGGCAGAGGAAAUUAAAGAGAUCCCCAGCUAAGGGAUUCCUUUGACUUGCUCAGAGAGAAGGGUUUAAAAAAAUAAUAAUCCAGCGGACAGACUGAAAAUUCCUUGUUGUUUUUUGUGCCUUGUGUGUGCGUGUUGUUUUGGCAUGUGGAUACCUUUCCCCCUUCACACACCAGGGCUGUUUGAUGGAGUUUGGAGCUGAGGAAACUUUGGUUUUGUUGCCAGGACCGUUCGCAGCACUUUGUGGCAAGCAAGAGCUAACAGUGAGACCGACAGAGAUGUCUUCCAAGCGACCAGCCUCUCCGUAUGGGGAAGCAGAUGGAGAGGUAGCCAUGGUGACAAGCAGACAGAAAGUGGAAGAAGAGGAGAGUGACGGGCUCCCAGCCUUUCACCUUCCCUUGCAUGUGAGUUUUCCCAACAAGCCUCGCUCUGAGGAAUUUCAGCCAGUUUCUCUGCUGACGCAAGAGAGUUGUGGCCAUAGGACUCCCACUUCUCAGCACAAUACAAUGGAAGUUGAUGGCAAUAAAGUGAUGUCUUCAUUUGCCCCGCACAACUCAUCUACCUCACCCUUGAAGGCAGAAGAAGGUGGGCGUCAGAGUGGAGAGUCUUUGUCCAGCACAGCCCUGGGAACCCCUGAAAGGCGUAAAGGCAGCUUAGCAGAUGUUGUAGACACUUUAAAGCAGAGAAAAAUGGAAGAGCUCAUCAAAAACGAGCCAGAAGAAACUCCCAGUAUUGAAAAGCUACUAUCAAAGGACUGGAAAGACAAGCUUCUUGCCAUGGGAUCAGGGAACUUUGGAGAAAUAAAAGGGACUCCAGAAAGCCUAGCUGAGAAAGAAAGGCAGCUUAUGGGUAUGAUCAAUCAACUGACCAGUUUGCGUGAGCAGCUGCUGGCAGCUCAUGAUGAACAAAAGAAACUGGCUGCAUCACAAAUCGAGAAACAACGCCAGCAAAUGGAGCUGGCUAAGCAGCAACAAGAGCAGAUUGCAAGACAACAGCAGCAGCUUCUGCAGCAGCAACACAAAAUUAACCUUCUUCAGCAACAGAUCCAGCAGGUUCAAGGUCAGCUUCCUCCAUUGAUGAUUCCAGUGUUCCCUCCAGAUCAACGAACCCUAGCAGCAGCUGCUCAGCAAGGAUUCCUCCUUCCUCCUGGUUUCAGCUACAAGGCAGGAUGCAGUGACCCUUACCCUGUUCAGCUGAUCCCAACUACCAUGGCAGCUGCUGCCGCAGCAACACCAGGCUUAGGCCCACUCCAACUGCAGCAGUUGUAUGCUGCUCAGCUUGCUGCAAUGCAAGUGUCUCCAGGAGGCAAGAUACCUGGCAUACCCCAAGGCAAUCUUGGUGCUGCUGUAUCCCCUACCAGUAUCCACACAGAUAAGAGCACAAACAGUCCUCCACCCAAAAGCAAGGAUGAAGUGGCCCAGCCGCUGAACCUCUCAGCUAAACCCAAGACGUCUGAGGGAAAAUCUCCGACAUCGCCCACUUCUCCUCAUAUGCCAGCUCUGAGAAUAAACAGUGGGGCCGGUUCACUCAAAUCCUCAGUGCCAGCAACAUUAGCCAGUCCUUCGGCCAGAGUUAACACAAUAGAUAUUCUUUCUUCUAUCACGUCGUCAGGUUAUUUAAAUGACCACGAUGCUGUCACCAAGGCAAUCCAGGAGGCCCGACAGAUGAAGGAGCAACUUCGGAGGGAACAACAGGUGCUUGAUGGGAAGGUGGCUGUUGUGAAUAGUCUGGGUCUCAAUAACUGCAGGACAGAAAAGGACAAAACGACACUGGAGAGCCUGACUCAACAGCUGGCAGUAAAACAGAAUGAAGACGGGAAGUUUAGCCAUGCUAUGAUGGAUUUCAACAUGAGUGGGGAUUCUGACGGAAGUGCAGGUGUCUCAGAAUCUAGAAUUUAUCGGGAAUCCAGAGGGCGUGGAAGUAAUGAACCUCAUAUCAAGCGUCCAAUGAAUGCCUUCAUGGUGUGGGCUAAAGAUGAGCGAAGGAAGAUCCUUCAAGCCUUUCCUGACAUGCACAACUCCAACAUUAGCAAGAUACUGGGAUCUCGCUGGAAAGCUAUGACAAACCUAGAGAAGCAGCCAUACUAUGAGGAGCAGGCCCGACUCAGCAAGCAACACCUGGAGAAAUACCCAGACUAUAAAUACAAGCCCAGGCCGAAGCGCACCUGUCUUGUGGAUGGCAAAAAAUUGCGAAUUGGCGAGUACAAGGCAAUCAUGCGCAACAGGCGACAAGAGAUGAGGCAGUAUUUUAAUGUUGGGCAACAAGCACAGAUUCCUAUCGCCACCACUGGUGUAGUCUACCCAGGAGCCAUCGCCAUGGCAGGAAUGCCCUCCCCCCAUCUGCCAUCAGAGCACUCGAGCGUGUCCAGCAGCCCAGAGCCCGGGAUGCCUGUCAUCCAGAGCACUUAUGGCAUCAAAGGCGAGGAGCCCCACAUCAAAGAGGAGAUGCAGACCAGUGACAUCAAUGGAGAAAUCUACGAUGAGUAUGACGAAGAAGAGGACGACCCUGAUGUGGACUACGGCAGUGACAGUGAAAAUCACAUUGCAGGACAAGCCAACUGAUAAGGGUCCAAAUAUUGCGUGACCUUACAGGACUUCAAGGAGGAAAAAAAAAAAGCCCCACCUGGUUUAUCCUUACCAGUGGCCAAGCACAUUAACUUUCUCAUACACUGACUGUUACUUUAACUGUUAGUCUUAACUAGUUGGGACAUCAGCUGACUAAUAGACAUCAGCCUGCAUUU